AUGCCGAUCCGAUCUAGUCCUUUCUUCUUCAAUAUGGAGAGCUCGGCUGUGCUCUCGCUCUUGCGGCACACCACGGGUAAUUCCACGGAUUCUAAACAUUCCAAGAAAUCAUCAGGAAGCAUCGGUGGUGGGGUACUAAAAAUGUUCAAGCUCUUACCAAUGCUAUCAUCUGGUUGCAAGAUGGUAAACUUGUUAAGUCGAGGGCAUCGAAAACCUUUACUUAAAGACUUUGCAACCACGGGAACGAUAUUCGGGUUCCGCAAAGGAAGAGUCUUUCUUGCAAUACAAGAAGACCCUCAUUGCCUACCAACUUUCAUCAUCGAGCUUCCAAUGCUGACCUCUGCGCUCCAGAAGGAGAUGGCCUCAGAGACCGUGAGGAUCGCGCUAGAGAGCGAGACAAAGACCUCGAGGAAGAAGGUUUUGGAGGAGUACGUGUGGGGAAUUUACUGUAACGGACGGAAAAUCGGGUAUUCGAUAAGGAGAAAGAACAUGAGUGAGGAAGAAAUGUAUGUGAUUGAUGCAUUGAGAGGUGUUUCAAUGGGGGCUGGUGUUUUACCAUGCAAGAACCAACAUGAUCAAGAGGCAGAAGGAGAAAUGACUUACAUGAGAGCUCGAUUCGACCGAGUGAUUGGUUCUAAGGACUCUGAAGCAUUGUAUAUGAUCAACCCGGAAGGUAGUGGUCAGGGAACAGAGCUUAGUAUCUUCUUUCUUAGGUCUCAUUAA